AUGUCUAAGAUCUCAGUCGCCAACGUCCGGACGCAAGUCGGAGAGCUCCUUGAGUACUCCAACGAGACCAAGAAGCGUAACUUCCUCGAGACCGUCGAGCUCCAGAUCGGCCUCAAGAACUAUGACCCUCAGCGUGACAAGCGUUUCUCUGGCACCAUCCGCCUGCCUUCCAUCCCCCGCCCCAACAUGGCCAUCUGCAUCCUCGGUGACCAGCACGAUCUCGAUCGUGCCAAGCACGGCGGUGUCGACGCCAUGUCCGCUGAUGACCUGAAGAAGCUUAACAAGAACAAGAAGCUCAUCAAGAAGCUUGCUCGCAAGUACGAUGCCUUCAUUGCUUCCGAUGCUCUCAUCAAGCAGAUUCCCCGUCUCCUGGGUCCUGGUCUCUCCAAGGCCGGAAAGUUCCCUACUCCCGUCUCCCACUCCGACGACCUGACUGGCAAGAUCAACGAGGUCAAGUCCACCAUCAAGUUCCAGCUCAAGAAGGUUCUCUGCAUGGGUGUCGCCGUCGGCAACGUCGGUAUGGAGCAGGAGCAGCUUGUUGGCAACAUCAUGCUUGCCAUCAACUACCUGGUCUCUCUCUUGAAGAAGGGCUGGCAGAACGUUGGAAGCCUUACCAUCAAGGCUUCCAUGUCUCCUCCCAAGCGCCUCUACUAA